GCAAUCCAUCCCCACUCCCCGAUCCCCAUCCCCUCCGGGCUCCGGCGGCGCCGUCUCCGAUCGCCCUCGACUGAGCCGGCGGAGAGGCUCGAGGGGAGGGACCCCACCGGGGGAAUCCAGCUCGGUUCGACCUGUCGGCGGCGGGAGCGGCCGCCGUCCACCCAUCGCAGCCGGCUCGACCUGGCUUCAGAAGUUCAGAUAUGGACACAGGGCGUUCUUCCCAGUUGACCGAGCGAGUACGGCGUAUGCCUGCUUCCUCCAACUCUGGCAUUCUCCCCCUGGAGGUGCUGUUCGACGUCCUGGUGCGGCUCCCGGCCAAGGAGCUCUGCCGCCUCCGCAUCGUCUGCCGGCCCUGGCGGUCGCUGACAUCUGAUCCCCUUUUCAUGAAGACACACGUGGCUCACCACCGAGAGACGUUCUUCUUGGCCAGCUUUAAGGAUGACGAGACGCACAUCCAUAUCAUGGAUUUUGCAGGCAAUGUGAUUAAGCAGAUAGGCAUACCAGCUGGCCACAAGGUGUUAUGCACACGCCUCGAUCUGGUUUGUGUAGCCACAAAUAAGAACAGCUGCCAUGUUCUUAAUCCUGUCACUGGAGAUGUCUACAACUUGCCAAAGAGUCCAGCAGAGGAGCACACGUACCAUGUCAAUCUGCGCAAGCCUUUCACCUCAUUUGCAUUUGGGCAUGUUGCCUCAACAGGAGAGUACAAGGUGCUCCGGAUGUUCAACCGUCCUGGAUUUACGGACCUUGGGAUACCACAGCUUUGUGAGGUCAUCACCGUCAAGGGUGGCACAGGCCAGGCACGUUGGAGGGGAAAACAGAGCCGUGAGUUCUUUGUUGAAUGUCAAAAGGCAAACAGCGGUGUCGUGGUUAAUGGGGUGGUGUAUUUCUUGAUAGACAGUGUAUAUGAUUCAAUGAUAAUUGGUGGUGAUGGUGCCGGCAUUCAUCCAGACUUCAUCUGUUCUUUUGACCUUGAGGUGGAGGAAUGGAGGGAAGAUAUCCAGGGACCAAUUAGCAGGAACUUUGUAUAUGACAUGGACUUCCCAGAUGAGUAUAUAGCAAUUUGGGAUCAGCUUAGUUUGGCUGAGCUGAAAGGCUACUUAGUUCUAGUAUACCACCAGAGUUACCGAUCCUCGACCAUAGACCUGUGGUAUUUAAUAGACUAUGAGACCCGCACCUGGAUUAAACAAUAUAGCAUUCAAAUUGAAUCAUUCGUUCCUGUUAGGGAGUGCAAGGUAAAGCCACUGCUGGUAUUGGAUGAUGGGAGGAUAGUCGUAUGGCUAGGAUCGACCGGACUGCUACUCAUAUAUGAUCCAAGAACCAGCACUUUUGCAGAAGUGGAGAUGAGACGUCUUUCUGAAGUUGGUCUGUACACAGGAAGCGUACUGAGUUUAUAAAAUGGUGAUGUGGUGUAGUAUUGUACUCCAUAAUGUUUUGCUACUCUCUUCAAAUGCCAGUUAAUCAGCUUUUAGAAAUGAUCUUUGGGCACAAUCAUUAAUAUACUUGGUCGGAUCCUUGUGUCUUGUUGUAUUGGGGCCUGUAAGAUCAUUGUAAAUUCUUGAAGAUGCUAUAUCUCUCUCUCAUUUUGUACUGUCUUGUGUAAAUAUAGUGUUAGGUGUGUACUUGUCAGCAUAUGUCAUCUGACAUUAUUUAGAGUUGCUGCAACUUUGUAUCAUAGCUGCUAGCCAGUUGGUUGGAUACUUGGGUUAUGUGUAAAAGGAUGUGGCCUGAAAAUAUUUCUAUAUUCUCUGA